CUUGUAGUGAGCGAGGAGAGGAAAAAGUGAGUGCACGCGCCCGUCGCUGGACAACCCGUGACAAUAUGGACUACUAUUAACAGCGAUACAGUAAUGCUGCUGGAAGCAAUUUUAAAGGAAAUCUGGGCAACAAAAUACACAGGCUAAACACUGCCUCCGGUCCCUGGCGGUCGGCCGCGCCUCUCUUCGCUGCUUUACGGUAGUGGUGCUGAUGCGGGAUGAGUCAGGCUGUGUACUGUCUCUCACACUGCUGCCAUUUCAUCAGCACAAUUUCUAAACAUUUCACGGUGUGUUCAAAGCCUGGGGGAUCCAACACAUUAAUGAGAAACUGAGCAGGGUGUGUAUGUGCUGCUUUACCUCGUGAUGUGUGCACGCGCUCUCUAGGAGUCCAUCACUCAGUCAGCACCAUGGCAUUCGGCUUCACUAAGAUCUGAUCAACCGGACACCACAGACAUGGAGACAAUAUGGCUUUACCAGUUUCGCCUGAUCGUCAUCGGUGACUCCACAGUUGGUAAAUCAUGUUUGAUCCGGCGCUUCACGGAGGGACGGUUCGCACAAGUGUCUGAUCCAACAGUUGGUGUGGAUUUCUUCUCUCGCCUGGUUGAGAUCGAGCCAGGGAAACGCAUAAAGCUCCAGAUAUGGGAUACGGCAGGUCAGGAGCGCUUCAGGUCCAUUACUAGAGCGUACUACCGUAACUCAGUGGGAGGCCUGCUGCUCUUUGAUAUCACAAACCGCCGCUCGUUUCAAAAUGUCCGCGAAUGGCUGGAGGAAGCGCGCAGCCAUGUACAACCACACACCAUCGUCUUCCUGCUGGUGGGCCACAAGUGUGAUCUGGAGGUGCAGCGUCAGGUCUCCCGGCACGAGGCAGAGAAGCUGGCGUCCGUUUAUGGCAUGCGCUAUGUGGAGACUUCAGCGUGCGAUGCCAUCAACGUAGAGAGGGCAUUCACAGAGCUGACGCGUGACAUCUUUGAUUUGGUCAAACAUGGAGACAUCACCAUUCAGGAAGACUGGGAGGGCGUGCGGAGCGGCUUCGUGCCCAAUGUUGUGCACUCGUCUGAAGAGGCAACAAAGAAUGAACGCCGUUGCUUCUGCUAAGCCAUCUGGAACUCAAGCGUCAGACUCAAAACUUCAAAUCUCUCACAAUAGAAGGGCAAACUUUAAUCCUCACUCAUGACAUUAGUUUUUCCCUGCCUGCUUUACCCUCUGGUUCUCCACUAGUUACUGCUCCUUAUAGCUAACCAUUUACAAGACCAACAAGACCAACAAGUUGAUGAGCACUCCGCUUAAAAAAAUAAUAAAAUAAAAAAUUAGAACCUUAGCCCAGCACCUUAUACAUCUGUUAAUCACUUGAAAGCCAUGACAUGAAACCCUUGACAUGAAACCCUUGAAAGUAAACAGCCUUUAGAGACUGAGUCUUCUUUAGACACGCACAGACAUUUCUGUAAGAGAACCGACAAAAGCAAGGACUUUUAAACAAAUGACUGAGCUCAGAAUGCUGAAAUGCUGCUUGAGGAAAAAAAAGACUGGACUACUUAUUAUUUAGUUGAGAUGUAUAUGCAACAAUCAGAGGCAAAUGAAGGAAACUGGUGUCUUGCAAUAUAACCACAUAACACAGAAACCAGGCCUGAAUAUUAAGGUGACAGAUCAGAAACCUGCCUAAUUCUUUUAUUAGGACACAUUGGUUUUGUUCGAGUAAACCCUGUUGCUUAACAUAUGACCGUUAAAUGACUCAUAAACUUGUGCUUUUAUGGAUUUACCAAAGGGAUUUAUGUAAGAUUGUUAAUAAAAACGAAAGAGGAACGUGGAAAUGAGGUGCACUAUGACAAAUAUGGUUGCAAAUCAUGAAAAAAGGGAAAUAUUUCAAAUCGUAACCCCUUCAGCUUUACAUAUGUUACACAAUAAAUUACACUCCUAACAACUGAAGCACCUUAUACGAGCAAUUGGUUUGCACUGUUAUUUUUUUACAAACACCAUUUUUAUCCCUAUUGAACCAAAAAGCUUCUUUCCCUUUUUAAGUACAAACUGCCAAUUAUAACAUGGAUUCUCCCUAUAAUUUCAUCAUGAAUUGCUCAAUCAAGCACAUCUACCCAAACCAGACAGUAGUACACAUCACUGCUUUGACUGAAUAAAGUCUGUUCCUCUUAAAGCUGUACAAUACAAUAUUGCAUGGUUAUAAUGAUCACACUAUCGUUCUUUACAAUAUGACAACUGGAUGGACAGCGUUCAUUGCAUUUUGUUUAGUUUAUGUAUCCAUGUUAUGCAGCUUCAGUCAUAUAGUGCUGGCUUCAAUCCUGUCAAUUAAAUCCUUGCCGCAUUGGCACGCAUUUUGAUUCAAGUUCCAUUAUGUUUUUUUGGUACAAAGUAAAUCUGUGCUCCUGAAGACUGGGAUAUUUGAUGAGUGUGCUACAAGUAAUAUUAAAAU